AUGAAUCAUCAGGAUGCAUCACAGUCUGCCGGAACAUCAUCGCGCAAGAGAGCCCGACUGCAUUAUACAGCUGCUACCAGUCUCGAUGUAAUUGCGAAUAUAGCAGACGCAACAGACAUACUCUCUCCUCUCAAAGCAGCCUGUAGAACUACCAGAUCCAUCCUCGAAGUCAUCCAGGCCGAUGAUGAUAACAAAGAGGAAUACAUCGGCCUCAUAGAACGUCUGGAAGGGUACAUGUCGGCCGUCGAGGACCAAAUUGACUUGUUCGAACAAUACCCGCCAGAGGAUAGGGCCGUGGACGAAGCAUUUAGUCGGCCACUCAUUCGUUAUGUAAGGGCCCUCGAGGAAUUUCAAAAUACUAUCGAAAAAUGCAAACGACGUGGUAAUAGGCUCGGCGCGUUGACUGCGAUAAAACUUGACGCAGAAGUCAUCCGUAAAUUUCAUCGGGAUAUUGAGGACAAGCAUAGGCAGUUUAUGGGGCAAAUAACCUCUUUUACCGCAUUCCGCGUUCAAGCAAUCGAGCGGAAUAUAACGGCUACCAGAGAAGAGGUACAGACCAUCGAACAAAAUGCUGCCAUACUCCAGCUGCCAAUGGUAGCGUUCGUCGCGUCCUCAGUUCACAACACCUGUUUGCAAGGAACGCGUCAAGCCGUCCUUCAAACAAUUGCCGACUGGGCCGAGGAUGGUAUGUCAGGUAAACCAAUAUUCUGGCUAUGCGACAUAGCGGGCGCUGGAAAGUCCACGGUCGCAAUGUCGGCAACGGCGUCCUGGAAAACCGAAGGAGUACUGGGCGGACAAUUCUUCUUCUCAAUGUCGAACACUGAUGCGUCCACUACGGAGAAGUUUUGCUCGACCAUGGCGAGGGAACUCGCUCAUCAUAUUCCCGAGCUGGCUCGACAUGUCGCACAAGCCAUGAGUCAAAGUCCGGCUAUCAUGCGAAGUCCGUUUGGCGAACAGUUCCGCACACUCAUCACAGAACCUCUCCAACAUCGGCAAAGGCGUGUCAUUUUGGUCAUCGACGCCGUUGACGAGUGCAAGUCUGGAGCACAGCGAAAGGAACUUCUGGAGACGCUCGCCACGGCCACUCGAGAGUGCUCCAACCUCAAGAUAUUUAUCACCAGUCGACCAGACCCGGUCAUUGGUGCGGUUUUGCAGCCACUAUCAAUCAAGGCAAAGUUGGAGGACCGUUUGCACGACGCCAACCGAUUGGAUAAUAUCAACGACAUCGCGAUUUACGUACACCAGGCUCUGGAUGGAGUUCUGACGAUGGGAAAGAGGCAACGAAUAAUCGAAAAGGCGAACGGGUUGUUCAUCUGGGCGAGCACCGCAUGCCGAAUGCUCACCAGUGAAACUAACUUGAGUUCCCCCGAAGAUAUAUACGAUCGCUUGAUCUCCAUGGACGAGACCGGAGUGAUAGACGAUGUAUACAAUCUCGUUUUCGAGCGCGUGGACCGUGCUUCCUACGGAGUCAUGUGUGAAAUGCUCGCAUUGUUGCUAACAGCCUUCGAGCCACUCACUGUCGAUGACCUCGAUAAUCUCCUAAAGCACGUCAACGUACCUGGGAAUGCCAAAGCAUUGGUGCAACGCCUAGGAAGUGUACUCACUAGAGACGCGACUACAAAUCUGAUCCAAUUUCGUCAUCCUACGGUCGUCGAGUACCUUCAACGCUGUUCCGUCGCACCCGAGAUCGACAACUCUAAGCGAGUCCAUCUCAAUCUCGCGAAUUCCCAUGGUCAAUUGGCAUCGUGGUGUUUCAAGCAAUUCAAAUCGCCGACGGAAGGUCUCAAAUUUAACAUAUGUCAAAUCGAGUCGUCGUUCUAUCUCAAUCGGCAGAUACCGGAUAUACACGAAAGAAUAUCAAAUCUCAUUCCAUGGAGACUACAGUAUGCUAGCUCCCAUUGGUUGUUCCAUGUGGCAGGGACGAGCGACGACUGGCGAGGUAGGCUCAAGAAUGAACUCCAACACAUCAUUCAAGUUCCACACGUACUACACUGGAUGGAGAUAUUGAGUCUUAUUGAAGGAGUGCCACGAGCGAUUGCCGGCCUUCGAGCUGUGAUGCGCCAUACAGGAUUUGAAGAGGGGACUAGAAGAAUAAUGGACGAGAUACGGCGGUUUAUAAUGGCAUUUUCUGUCCCGAUCCAGGACAGUGCUCCACACAUCUACAUUUCCGCGCUCCCGUUCACCCCUAUCAUAACGAUGCUGCAUCUUGAGGGGCUAGAGAAGUAUGCGAAUGCCUUGACGGUAAUUCAGGGACUUGAAACUAUGUAUCCCGGUCUACCCAAAACUCUUCGCGGCCCCACCGGAGGAGUCGACGCCGUCACCUUCUCCCACGAUGGCUCCCGAAUUGCCCCGGGUUCGUUUGACGGGACCGUUAGACUGUGGGAUGCAGAUACUGGUCAACCGUUGGGAGAGCCAAUAUUCAGUGGAGAGGGUCUGAUCUAUGCCGUUGCGUUCUCGCCAGACGACUCACAAAUCGCCUUGGGGGGGUCUGAGGCGGAGAUUCAAUUGUGGGAUGCGGAGACCUUACAACAGCUGGGAGAGCCGUUCAUCGGUCACGAAAAAGACGUUACUUGUGUCGCAUUCUCCCCAGAUGGUUCACGAAUGGUCUCUGGUUCGUACGACAUGACAAUUCGACUGUGGGAUGUAGAGACUGGCCUGCCGUCGGGUGAACCACUUUGGGGUCACGAAGACUGUGUCAAGGCCGUCGUUUUCUCGCCAGAUGGCUCACGAAUCAUCUCAGGCUCAUCUGAUAAGACGAUCCGACUAUGGGACGCAGAGAGUAGGCAGCCGUUUGGGGAGCCUCUCCGUGGUCACGAAAAAGGAGUUAACUCUGUGGCAUUCUCACCAGAUGGCUCACGGAUUAUUUCAGGCUCGGAUGACGCCACGAUUAGACUGUGGGAUGGAGACACUGGACAGCCGUUAGGAACGCCGCUCUGCGGUCACAAAGAAUCUGUUUAUUGCGUUUCAUUUUCUCCAGACGGCUCACGAAUCGCCUCGGGCUCGGCGGACAGGACGAUUCGAUUUGGCAAAUCCGCAGUUAUUGCCAUUGUGUUCUCCCCAGACGGUUCAAAAAUAGCCUCUGGCUCGGGAGAGGGAGUUCAACUGUGGGAUGCGCGGACUGGCCAACCUUUAGGAGAAUCGCAGGGUCAUACGAGUGGGAUCGACUCUCUUGCGCUCUCUAUAGAUGGAUCGCGCAUCGUCUCUGGCUCGAUGGAUGGCACAAUUGUCCUCUGGGAUGUGACUACUGGGCAGUCGUUGGGAGAGCCCCUCCAAGGUCAUGAUGAUUGGGUCGACUCCGUCGCGUUCUCGCGGGACGGCUCACGAAUCGCCUCUGGCUCGUGGGAUGCCACAGUUCGACUCUGGGACGUAGCUACUGGGCAGCCUUUAGGGGAGGCCCUCCGAGGUCAUGAUGGUUGGGUCAACUCCGUCGCGUUCUCACCGGACGGCUCACGAGUCGUCUCUGGCUCGAAUGAUACCACAGUUCGACUCUGGGAUGUAGCUACUGGGCAGCCUUUAGGAGAGCCCCUCCGAGGUCAUAAUGAAGCGGUCAACUGCGUCGCGUUCUCACCGGACGGCUCACGAAUCGCCUCUGGAUCCUCCGAUGAGACAAUUCUACUGUGGGAUGCGGAAACUAGGCAGCAACUGGGAGCGCCACUGCGUGGUCACACAGGUCCUAUCUUUUCUCUCGCCUUCUCGGUAGAUGGCUCACGAAUCGUCUCUGGACAUCGCGCUAUGGACGGCACAAUUCGACUCUGGGAUGUAGGUACUGGGCAGAUGUUGGGAGCGCCACUCCGAGGUCACAAAACUACGGUCGUCUCUGCCGCAUUCUCACCAGACGGCUCACUUAUUGUGUCAAGCUCGUCGGACCAAUCAAUUCGGCUAUGGGAUGCAGAUUCUGGACAAUCGCUAGGUGUGGUACUCCGAGAUGAUUAUUACGGGGGUGGGCCUGUUGCAUUUUCGCCAGACGGUUCAUACAUCGUCUGUUGCAUUGAUGACACGGUUCAAAUAUUGGCUAUGCUGGUCCAAGUGAUUCCAGCUGCUAUGAUCGGGAGUCCACAAAUUCUGAUUCCGUAA